CAAAACAAUCGUUAUUGUUUCUUUUGGCAUUGUUGUUAAAUAUAAUUGAAUCAAUUGUCAUGUGGUCAACAACAUAUCCGUUAUUCAUUCAUGCUAGUAAAUAUACAUAUGAUAAUCAAACAAAAAUGAUCGUUAAAAAUAACUCAGUUGUUAAACCAAUAUUACCGACCAGUAAUCACAAAUUGAUUUAUUAUACGAAAUUACAAUAUAACGGAAUCAACGAUGUUUUGAAUCGAGCAAAGGUUUAUACCCAUAUAGCAUAUUGGACAAUUUUUAUUCUCCAUUUGAUAUUUCUAUUGGGAUUAGUUUUGGGACAUCAAAAGAAAUUCAAUCGAAUGUUUUCAUUCACAUGUUUGAGUCUAUUAACAACAUUUAUAUUUUUUAUGAAUGCAUUUGAUUUUAAAUCACAAGGAUAUCUUAUAUGUAGUGUACCAAGUUUUUAUUUAACAUUUGGUGUUGUUACAUACUAUGGUUAUGUUGUAUUUGCUGUAGUGGUUUUUGCUGCUGGUGGUGGUGCGGGUGCAACGAGUGGAUAUGGAUGUGGUGUUUGUCUUGUGUUUUUAUUUUAUUUCUGUUUUGCUAUUAGUGCUAUGAUUGGUUUCAUACUGAAAACAUCAUUUCCAUUCAUUUCAUCGUCAUCAUCUGCGCAAGCAGUUGCGUGGCUUAAUUUAUGUUCAUAUCUAUUAGAGUUAACUGGAGUGAUAUUGUUGACAAAUCGUGACAGAAAAAUUCUGCCUAUUCCAGAAACAUAUGCGUCAUCACCCUUGUUUCCAAUUAUCAUAGACACUAACUUCUUGCCAGCUGAAGGAACUCGGUUCCGCGUUAAAAUCGAAGAAUUAUGUGGCAUUAUAUUUCAUCGAGAUAAUCACUUCUAUCAGAGGUGGGAUCGGUUCUUGUUCGAAAAUCAUACGGCUGAAGAUGAUUAUUUAUUAACGGCCACACCCUGUGAAGAUCUAGAAGAUGGCAACUUAGCUGAUCAUCCCUCAUUCUGGUUUAUAAUGUUACAUCAGGAUCUGCCUAAAGACAAUACGAAAAAAUUACAUCAGAGUUCAAUGGCUGAUACCGGUCCAACGAUAGAAAUAUCACUCUCAUCACAUGCACCAAGAUCUUCAAUUUUAUCUAAUGAAAGAACAGUGACAAUUGACCCAGUGAUUUAUAUUCCAGACACGGAACCCCUUACGCCUCCGGGAGAACAAUGUGAAAGUCAAGGAACAGUAGUUACUAGUAGUGUAACUAGAGCAGUAGUUGUACCGACGCCGGUGAGAGACCGAGUUUUUUUCGGCACCACGGGAAUACCAUCUGUUAAUCUCUUAGCAUUGAGUGAAAACUUAUCAAGUGAUUCUCACACCCUUUCAACUUCCUCAUCUUUUGAAAUCUCCGAACCACCAGUGAUGACGCAACGUCCAACCUAUACGAUCAUUGCGGAUAGUCAUCUUCAAUAUUUGCCAAAACGUAUUCGUCGACAACAUUAUGAUAUACAUAUUGACGCUAUUAGAGGACUACAGUGGUUCGACAGAUAUGAUAAUCAGUUAUCCGUUGAAACUGUCAUCAAUAAACCAGCAAAUGUACAAUCUAUAGCUUCAUCUACAGCAGUUUUACUUGCAAUUGGCACAAAUACUCUGCGAAACGUAGAAUCAUUUCGUGCAAAUUCAACAAGUCCGACGAACAGUAAACACGAUUAG